UCAUGAUGUAUGUACAUACGCAUUCAUGAUAUUUUAUUAUGGAACCCCGAAAACCAUGUAUAUAAGUGAUAAAACAUGGAAAUUAUUCAAUACAACUGAAAAUCCUUGAUAAUGUCAGUGAAAACAGCGCUCAUUUACAGUGUUGCGUGCUGCAUCUGCUUCAGUGAAGCGGUACAAGUGACUGUGAGUGAUGGCACGCUUGAAGGCGCAAUACUGCAAACUGUAUCCUCUAACAAAUCCUACUUAAGCUUCAAAGGCAUUUCAUAUGCAAAACCACCAGUUGGUAGCCUUAGAUUCAUGCCACCUCAACCGGUUGAUCCUUGGUGCGGGGUGAAGAACGCGACUGAACACGGAUCUGUAUGUCCACAGUUUGACAUAUUUUCUGGACAGUACAUCAACGGCUCGGAAGACUGUUUAAGCCUAAACGUCUACACCCCAGAACUCAAUCCCGUAGAGCCCUAUCCAGUGAUAUUUUUCAUUCACGGAGGUGGAUACAAAAGUGGUUCAGGCGAUAGUAGCUCUUACGGUCCCGACUUCUUCAUAGAGAAAAUGGUAGUAACCGUCACAAUAAAUUAUAGACUCGAUGCGCUCGGCUUUCUCUGUCUUGACAACGAAAUAGUGCCAGGCAACAUGGGUUUGAAAGACCAAGUAUUGGCUUUGAAGUGGGUAAACAAUAACAUAAAAUAUUUUGGUGGCAACCCAAAUAACAUCACCAUCAUGGGUCAGAGCGCCGGCAGUACAUCGGUAGCAUUGCAUAUGAUAUCGCCAAUGAGCAAGGGCCUGUUCCAAAGAGCCAUAUGUUUGAGUGGGGCACCGACAUCUGAAUUCGCAAUCCCGUACAAACAGAGCAUGAGAGCAUUUAAGCUCGGUUUUGUACUCGGUAAAGACACCGACAACGCGACCGAACUCCUGGAGUUCCUGCAAGGUGUGCCCGCCAUGAGCUUGGUGAACGCAAAUGUAGCCAUACUAGGUUCCGACGCUUUGGGCAGUACUAAUGUUUUGAAGUAUUUCAAUUUUCUACCGGUCACAGAGAUAGAUUUUAAAGGCGAACACUUCCUUACUGUAGACCCCCUAGAAGCAUACAUGAAGGGCGAUGUUCACGAGGUCGAUGUCAUGUUUGGCACUACGGAUGAGGAGGCCGUCACCGCAGUGCCGUACUUCGUAGAUUCCAUUAUAAAUGUCACAGCAAAUUAUCCAGAGAUGAUUGUGCCUAAAAAGAUUUUAUACAACUGCACUCCAGAUACAGCUUUGGAAGUUUCUAAACAGAUUACAGAACGUUAUUUCGGAGAAGAGUCAAUAUCCGUAGACAAUAUGAAGACAUUCGUCAGUUUCGCAACCGACUCUUACAUAGCUGUUUCUGUACAACGGUUUUUUAGCUACUUGCCGACGCGCAGUUCCAGUCAUUUAUAUUCAUACGUGUUCUCCAGUUUCUCAAGCAGGAACUACUACGGGCUCCAGGGUGUCCCCUACGGAAUUUAUGCUGCAGGCCACAAUGAUGACCUAUCCUAUUUGUUCGAACCUCAUGCUCGUAAUUUGACGUCUGAUGUCAAUAGUGUCGAGUAUGGAUACGUAAAUCUGACUUCAACAGUCUUUUCCAACUUCAUAAAAUACGGAAAUCCAACACCCGAACCUGUGGUGAACAUCACAUGGCCCGAAUAUGACGCGCAAAGCAAAAAAUACGUGAACAUAGCCAACAAUACCCUGACCAUUGAAUCAAACAGAAUUGGUGACUCUGUGUCAUUCUUUGAGAACAUCUUCAAAUCUGUCGGAGUUCCGUUUUAAUGUGUUUGAAACACAUUAAAAUUAAGUUGACCUUAUAUUUUGAGUACAAGUAAGGUCAUAAGAAAAGUAUUCAAGAAAGAAGAAGACUAAAGUUUAGAUAAAUUGUAGAAACAUAAUAUCACCUGUAUUCCAUAGAGGUUGGCAAGGAAAGUUGCCAUAAAGGUCGAAUUGCCAUUUUGCACGAUCUUGACAUAUAAUUACUUUUCAUUUAUCUCACGCUACUUUGUCGGUUUAGAAUAGUUGCUCUUUUAACUUUAAAGAAGUGUUAGAGUAAAAUGUACGUUGUCCUGAAUCUUUAAUAAAUGUUCUCAUUAAAUCCAUGUUAUAUAAAGCUGAA